GGCGGCCUGGUUCUGUGGUAGUAUAUUCAAAAACGUGAGGAAGCUUCCUUGACCUUCCGUGCUUCACUCUCAGCCUCCCUCCUAGAAGUGCUUUGAGCCUUGAAAAAUCUGGCCUUUGGUGAGCCAAAUGGCAAGGGGUGGGAGCCAGACGUCUGAGUUCUCGGGAGGAGUGGGACAGGUGUGGAGGAAACGCUUGUAGCUAACACCCUAACCCGAUUCUGUGUUGUCUUUGUGAACAGCAGAGGCGGCCAAUGAAACCUCCCCUGUGCAUCAAACCCCAGCCUCAGCCUCAGCCUCAGCCCCAGCCCCAGCCCCAGCCCCAGCUAAUCAACAAGGGACUCUUACAACACCCAGUACUACAAUGGGGUCUCCAGCCUUAGACGUGGGAAAACCGGGUGCCAUGACUCCAGAUCUCCAGGCAACCCCGGGUACCACGACUCCGACUACAAGCCAGGGAACCCCAGGUACCACGAUUCCAACUACAGGCCAGGGAAUCCCGGGUACCACGAUUCCAACUACAGGCCAGGGAACCCCGGGUACCACAACUUCAGCUGCAGGCCAGGGAUACCUGGGUACCACAACUCCAGAUCCUGGCCAGGGACACCCGAGUACCACGACUCCAGCUCCUGGCCAGGGACACCCGAGUACCACGACUCCAGCUUCAGACCAGAACUCGGGUACCACGACUCCAGCUCCGGGCCAGGGAAACCGAGAUACAGGUCCCAGUGACCAGACCACAGUGGUGACUCCACGCCCAGACAGCCCUCCUGCGGUUGACUCAGAUGGCUCUACACAGUCAGGACCCAUCACCCCACCUGAGAAUAAAACCACAGGCAGCCAGAACGUAGCCAAAGAUGCAGAUCAAUCUGGAGGCACAAGUAAGCAGGACGUUACCACAGCCUGUGGGACUCCUGGUGAAACAACUCAGGUGGCCUGUCAAUCUCCAAGUCAAGAUAGCGCCUCGAAAACCACACCUGCUGUUAAUCCCCAGCCAUCUGGGAGCUCUGUUACUUCGAAGCCCCGAGGGAGCACAACCGAAAAACAAUCCACAAAUGCCCCAGUUCCAGGCUCAGGCCCUGUGGAUAGUCCCACCGUCACAGCUCCGGUGACAGCUGCCACACCAAUCUCAGAUUUGUCAGCCACCAUUGGAGGAGGGAAACCGGCCCCGGAGACCUCUACUUCCAUGGCACCGCAGCCAGCAAGCCCCUUGCCAGGCCCCACAGGAAUACCCAGCUCCAGCCCGAAGCCAACUACGACUGCCCCCCAAGGGUCCACCACCUAUUCACCCACCUCAGCUCUUGGGAGUCACAAGGUAAAGUGUGAGGCCCCCGAAAAGCCCAAUGAGAAGAUGCUCGUCCUGAACCUCACCAAGGCCAGCCCCUGUGUACAGGGUCCUCUGGAUGAAAAAUUGAUCACCAUUCUGUGCAAAACAGUGAAAAGCUCCUUCAGCGCAGCUCAGGAUCAGUGCCACAUACGCCUGGCACCUGUUCCAGAAAGCCAGGCCGUGGUGGUCAAGGAGAUCUCCAUCCAGACAAACCUUCUUCCCAGCGACAUUUAUGAGUUGCUGAAGGACAAAUGGGACGACUUAAAAGAUGUGGGGGUCAGUGACAUGCAGCUUGGGGACCAGGGGCCCCCAGAGGAGGCCGAGGACCGGUUCAGCAUGCCUCUCAUCAUCGCCAUAGUCUGCAUGGCGUCCUUCCUGCUCCUUGUCGCGGCUCUCUAUGGCUGCUGCCACCAGCGUCUGUCUCACAGGAGGGACCAGCAACGGCUGACAGAGGAGCUGCAGACUGUGGAGAAUGGCUACCAUGACAAUCCAACGUUGGAAGUGAUGGAGACUUCGUCAGAGAUGCAGGAGAAGAAGGUGGUCAACCUCAAUGGGGAGCUGGGGGACAGCUGGAUCGUCCCCCUGGACAACCUGAGCAAGGAUGACCUAGAUGAGGAGGAAGACACACACCUCUAAUCAGGUCUGCUGGCCAUGCCACAGAGCUCCUGACUGACCACCUUAAGUGCCAUUUGGAUUGGGGAGGAAAAGUCCUUCCCAUUGAAGGAGGAAAAGACUGAGGAGGGAGGGUGGACUCUGAAGGCUCCCUCCUCCCAAACCCCACAGGGCCUUAAUUUUUCCCUUUUCAAGCUGAACAAAUCACAUUCUCUCUAGAUUCUUCUUGCAAAAUAACCCACUAGUGCCUGAGCUCAGUGCUGCUGGAAGAUGAGAAGGGGGAUCCAGAAGGAACCAUAUGAGGGGCUGUAGAGAUCAUCUAGUAGAGUCCCUUCAUUUAGAUGAGAUUACUGAGGCCCAAAGGGGUGAGUGACUUGCCAAGGUCACAUGGCCACUUGGGGACAGCCAGCCAGGAUGAAGACACAGAUCCCGUCGCUCAGCCCAGUGCUGGUUUCCAUCAAGCCACGCUACUGUGGCCACUUGCACCUUCCUGCCAGAGCAGCCCUGGACGGGGGUGAAACCACCAGUAGGGCAUGGGGAGAGGGGGAGAUAGAAGAGCAGGGCCGGAACCUGCCUCAGUGGGAUCUGGUUGCUUGAAAGUAGAAGGCACGGGUCCCCAGCUGUCUAGUUUCUACCCCAACACCCGUGGAAGGCUUGUAUCCCCACCAGGGACUGAAACUUGUAACUACUAAAGGCCAGACAUCCUGUUGUUCACUGCUCAGCUGCUAGGGUAAAGACCAAGCUCUGGAACCCCCAAAAUCCAGUGGAACAGCAGUAGCUGUAGGACAUACCUUCCCUGGGGCCCCCAGCCAGCACAGAUGUGUCUUAACAGAUAGUCAACUCACACAGCCAGGGAGAAUAGGCUUUACUUCACAGGAAACUCAGGGACUUGCAAGUUGCUGAGAGUUUUGUUCUGUUUGUUUUUUAAUCCAGCCCUCCACUGCCACAGGCCAAAGCUCCAAUUGUUGGGAGGCUUUCAGCUAGCUAAUCUCAUGGAUUCCGGUUCUCCUGAGCCACGGGGCAAAGGUCCAGACAUGCAGUGUGUUCCUCAGGUGCCACCUCUGCAGCCUGGGGACUGGCCGUCCACUCCCCGGGGCCGUGCACUGUCCUCUCUAUUCCUAAUAGGGCGGCUGCCCUUUUCCUGCAGCUUCUGGGCCUCUCGGAAACACAAAGCUAUGUCUGUUCCCCAGUGAGGGGUUCUGAGGGAGCCCAGUACCUAGCGCCUGAGGCCUGGGCAGGGUGAGACUUGGGUCUCAUUUUCUGACGAGGGGGAGUCCCAUGUGGAAUUUUGAACUCUGCCAUGGUCUCUGUUGUUCCUGGGCCCAGGGGUCAUCUCUGAGUUUCUGGGCAUAAAUUUCCUGUAAGAAACUAGGUGAAGGUGCAUAACUGCUUGGGGGAAUGAAAAUGAUCAUUUCAGGACAAAAAGCCAGAACCCUGGGGUCUUAGAGGCAAAUAGGCUGUCUGCUUUGGGAUAGCUCAUUGUUUAAAAAAGUGGGAGGAUCUAUGUUCUUUCCCUGGCUGCCUGAGAGAUGUGAAGCUAACAAGAGCCAAAGGCAUCUGCCCUGAUCCCCCAGAGUGUGGAGGUUGGGCAGGACUGGCAACAAUGCCACUUUGGACAUCUUUUGUAGUAUCUUGCUAGAAAGAGGCCUGUUCACUUCUUCCCUGCCUGGCAGGGGGUCUUUCUACCUACUGGUUUGUCAUGGCCCCUCUGGGAAAGGCAGACGGGUUUACUCUGCCCUUGCUGAUUUGGGGUCACAUUUCACCAGCCAGGGCCAUCAAGAGAUAGCAAAUAUGCCUCUUCAGGGAGAGAGGUGAUGAGGGCGGGGACUAGAAAGGACAAAUGUUGCCUGGUCAAGAGGAAUGACGGCUCAGGCUCUGUCCACGGGUGACCUGGAGAAGCUUGGGUUGAUCCUUUUGUGCACCCACAUAGUGCUACUCCAGCCUUUAGGGCAUCUUCAGACCCAGUACCUUGCCGUGGCUGGCUGCUGCCGCCUGGACAUCACUGUCAAAGGCCAUAGUAUGGUCCUUAUCCCACAUCCUCCCUGGGUUCUCAGUGCUGCCUGAUACUCUGGAUUCGGAGGCUGAGAAGGGCUAAGAGGGACACCAGGAACUCAGCAUGAUUUUAAACAAGGUGUGCCAAAGAGAGAGUAGAAACUCUUAUUUCAGUGGCAAGCUGGUUUCCCUAAGCUGUGUAACAGGCUGGUGAUGUGGACAAAACCCAGUAGGGAGCAUGCUGUUGGGCGAUCAGGCAGGGAAGCACAGUGCUUAUGAAGGAGGUACAGAAUAUUCUUUGCAUCAUAAAACAGAAUACGGGUUUAACCUAGUCUAGAUGCACGAUUCUCCACCCCCCCGCCCCCGUUGAUGAGGAAAGCUAGCAGAAAGUUUAUUUAAACCACCUCUUGAGCUUUAUCCUUUUUCUCAGUAUACUGGAGAGACUCUGAAAAUCAAGUUCCAACGGAUAUAUACAUACAUAUGUGUAUGUGUACAUACGUAUGUAUAUAUAUACACACACAAUUUUUGAUAAAUGUAAAUACAACAGCCCCAUGUUACUCCACCAUGCACUGCUUACAGUGAAUAUAUUUUGAAAAAAACAUUUGUUAGCUAUGAGAUGGAUUAGCUUUUUUUUUUUUUUGGAACAUGAAUAUAAAUAAGUAGAAAUGGCAAGUGUUUGAUUUUUUAAAAUGAAUUAUAACAAGACAGGCGGAUGAGGAAUCCGUCUUGUCGAUCAGGCUUUCGUGUCUUGGAUUACGGCCCUUGGCCCUCUCCAGCCAAAGCCCAGCCAUGUGCCACCAGGGCUAGGGCCAACAUGCGCUGGUUAGAAAGUGAUGCUCUGGUCACAGGGAGCAGUCUCUGAGAUCUUGACCAGCUGCUUCUACAGAUACAAAAACAAGCCCGGACAGAUGAUGUGGCCAAAAAUCACAUGGCUAGUUAGUGGCAGAAACAGGAUAAAAACCUGAGUCUGCAGACUGCCAGCCCAGUGCUGUGUGCCUCAGAAGAAAUCCGUGAGUGAAGGACUGCUACUCAUAGGCACAGGAGCCCUGGUGGAGCAAUGGCCAAGUGCUUGGCUGCUAACCGAAAGGUCAUCAGUUCCAACCCAUCAGUGGCUCUGUGGGAGAAAGACCUGGCAGUUUGCUCCCGUAAAGAUGACAGCCUUGGAAACCCUAUGGGGCAGUUCGACUUUGUCUUACAGGGUCACUGAGUCAGAAUCAACUCAACAGCACACAACACCUCCUAGGCACUAGAAUAGCACAAAGGAUGAAAUUUCCUUUCCAGUCUUAACCCUGUAGCAGGGUUAGGGAGGGCAUGAAGACAAAAAUAGGAGCCGCACUGGUCUUCCACACUUAGUUCCUGAGUCAUUUAGGUCUGAGACUUAAGUGAGCAAUCCCUUCUGCCAAGGAGCUUUUACACAGGGAACCUCCGCUAGCAGGGCUAGAUCAGGGGCGCCAGCAACGAAGCGGCAUGGCGGUGUCACUGGCUGAUUCCUCGGGUCUUCUGAGAGUCCAACACCAGGUGAAGGGGAGGGGGCUAGUAUUUGAGGUGGGCCUUUUGGUUAUUAACGAAUGUUAAACACAGUUUGCCCGGGAGACUGGGGGAGCAUGUGUCUUAGUGGACAGGAGUCUGAAGUACACUGGAAUUUACUGAGAAACUUGUUUGUAAAGACUAUAGUUAAUUAUUGCAUUUUCGUACAAAAAAUAUAUUUUGGAAAAUUGUAUACUGUCAAUUAAAGUGCUUUUGUGUAA